CUUGGGUUCUUGGGUCAAGUUAGCAGUGCACACAACCCUAAAACGACGCCGUUUUCCCCUCCGGCCUCUGUUUCCUUUCACGCGGCAGAAGAAAGAGGGUAAAUCGGUGAGGGCAGAAACAGACCACUUGGGAAACCGAGAGAGAGUGCGGUGAAGCUAGGUAUAUGCCGGCAAAGAAGGAAGAGAGCAGGGGUCUCAGUGGUUAGUUAAGCUUCCUUCUCCGUUUCUCGCCGUUUUCGACAUAGGUUGAACCAUAAAUGUUUUUCGCUAUCCAAUCUGUGGGCCAAAUCUAGUUAAUCUCAAUUAUCACUUAUUAGGUCAUUGCCGGAAAGCUAUUACUAAUAGGUAACGCAUAUUUGUGCAUAUACUGUUACUUGAGUAAUUGAAACCCUAGUUUGCUUGCUGGCUUAUGGGAAUGGAGAAUCCGGAUGGAGCCGAGACAAAGGAUCAAACGACUGCUGCUGGAAUUGUUGAUAAAUACAAUGUCGAAUCUGCAGAAUUUCUAGCCAAUAGUGCACAGCAUUUGCCCAUUAACCAGGCAGCACCAAUAUAUGAGCAACUUCUGUUAUUGUUUCCAACAGCUGCAAAAUUAUGGAAGCAGUAUGUGGAGGCGUAUAUGGCUGUAAACAAUGAUGAUGCUACAAAGCAGAUAUUCAGCCGUUGUUUAUUGAAUUGUCUUCAAGUUCCUCUUUGGCGCUGCUACAUUCGAUUCAUUAGGAAGGUCAAUGAGAAAAAGGGCGUUGAGGGACAAGAAGAAACAAGAAAAGCUUUUGAUUUUAUGCUUGGUUAUGUUGGUGCUGACAUAGCAUCUGGACCUGUAUGGAUUGAGUACAUCACCUUUCUAAAGUCACUGCCGUGUGAGAUCAUGUUGCAGGCUCUAAAUGCACAGGAAGAGUCACAGCGGAUGACUGCUGUACGGAAAGUAUAUCAAAAGGCCAUUGUUACUCCUACUCAUCAUGUUGAACAGCUUUGGAAGGACUAUGAAAAUUUUGAAAACUCUGUUAGCCGACAGUUGGCCAAAGGAUUGUUAUCUGAAUAUCAACCAAAAUAUAACAGUGCUAGGGCUGUCUAUAGAGAGCGGAAGAAAUACGUUGAUGAAAUUGAUUGGAAUAUGCUUGCUGUACCACCAACUGGCUCCUACAAGGAAGAACUGCAGUGGAUGGCUUGGAAAAGGCUUUUAGCUUUUGAAAAAGGAAACCCCCAAAGGAUAGACAGUGUCUCUUCCAAUAAGAGAAUUGUAUUCACCUAUGAGCAGUGCCUGAUGUAUUUAUACCAUUAUCCUGAUAUAUGGUAUGACUAUGCUACUUGGCAUGCAAAAAGUGGCUCUAUAGAUGCUGCAAUCAAGGUAUUUCAACGGGCUUUGAAAGCUCUUCCAGAUUCAGAAAUGCUGAAAUAUGCAUAUGCUGAAUUGGAGGAAUCCCGUGGAGCGAUCCUGGUAUGGAACUUCCACAUAUUCCUUUUUUUUCCCCCUUCAAUUAGUGUGAUUGAUUUCUUGGUUCUUGAUCAAAGUAUUUCCUUAAUGCAGCCAGCAAAGAAAAUAUAUGAAAGCCUUUUGGGGGAUGGUGUUAAUACAACAGCACUAGCACAUAUACAAUUUAUUCGCUUUCUACGAAGGAAUGAAGGGGUAGAAGCAGCACGCAAGUACUUCCUAGAUGCUCGCAAAUCCCCAAACUGCACAUAUCAUGUGUAUGUUGCAUAUGCCUUGAUGGCAUUUUGUCUUGACAAGGAUCCAAAGACGGCACACAAGGUUUUUGAAGCAGGAUUGAAACGAUUUAUGCAUGAGCCUGUAUAUAUUCUUGAAUAUGCAGAUUUCUUGUCUCGUUUGAAUGAUGACAGAAACAUCAGGGCUUUGUUUGAAAGGGCAUUAAGCUCAUUGCCACCUGAAGAAUCUGUUGAGAUAUGGAAACGUUUUACUCUAUUCGAGCAAACAUAUGGAGAUCUAGCUAGCAUGUUGAAGGUUGAGCAAAGAAGAAAAGAAGCUCUUUCAAGGUCAGGGGAAGAUGGAGGAUCAACAUUAGAGAGUUCAUUGCAAGAAGUUGUCUCCCGCUAUAGUUUCAUGGAUCUUUGGCCAUGCUCUUCCAAGGACUUGGAUCAUUUAUCCUGUCAAGAGUGGCUUGCUAAAAAUAUUAGUAAGAAAAUGGAGAAGUCUGCUGUUUCUAAUGGGCUUGGGAUUGUAGAUAAGGAUAGUACAGGUCUGACAAGCAAUUCAGCUGUAUCUACAAAAGUUAUUUAUCCAGAUACUUCUUGUAUGGUGAUUUAUGAGCCAAGGCAAAAGCAUGAGACUGGAAUUUCUCCAAGCACAACCCCUGGAUUUGCAACUGCUUCCAACAUGUCUAAUCCCAUCAUUGGGUUGUUGGGUUCUGGAACAACCAGUGCGUUGGAUGAAAUAUUAAAAGCAACACCACCAGCACUUGUGUCUUUUUUAGCAAGCUUGCCUACGGUUGAAGGUCCAACGCCAAAUGUGGAUAUUGUAUUAUCAAUUUGCUUGCAGGCUGACAUACCAAAUGGGCAGGUGGGAAAGUUAGGGGCAUCCCCUGCUCCUGCUACAAGUGACCUUUCUGGUUCUAGCAAGUCUCGUCCUGUCCCUAGCAGUUCGUCAUUCAAACAGUUGAGAGAUAGACAAUCUGGAAAAAGGAAGGACUCAGAUAGGCAAGAGGAUGAUGAAACUGCAACUGUCCAAAGCCAGCCACUACCUAGAGAUGCUUUCAGGAUAAGACAGAUUCAAAAAGCCCGUGUAGGUACAACUUCACAAACAGGAUCAGCAUCCUAUGGAAGUGCUCUUUCUGGAGAUCUAUCUGCUAGCACUGGCUGACAUUCACCUUCGCUUCUUUUAUUUUCUCAUUCUUUUGUGAAUUAGCUUAUGUACUUUAUAUUAUUAUGUGGGCUGAUAAGUUAUUUCCAAUCUUAAUGUAUAAGAUUACCUUGGACUUCAA